GGCCCUCACAAGCAAUAAAAUUAUUUUUUUUAAAGAUCCCGAUUUAAAACUUUUUUUUUUUCUUUUUUUUGUGAAAGGUCACAAUUUUGCCAAAUAGAUGAAUAAAAAUUUAAAUGGAUAUAUAUAGACGAUUAGCAAUGACAUCGAAUUUUCUUCAGUGCCAAAAUUUUCGAAAUAUCCCAAUAAAGGAUUAAAAUCCAACGACCCCAGAAUCCUUCUAUUAGAUUAAAAAUCGGCCAAAUUGGGCUACUGAACUCACAAAUGUUUUUGUUUUUAUUGUUGUUUUUUUUGAUAAAAGGUUUUUUUUUGUGAUCCUCUUCAUUUUUCUUCACCAAUUUCAUUAUUCUAUUUUAUCUAAAAAAACAAAAUGCCUUUCCAUAACUACAGCAGCAUUAACUUCGUCAAUGACUACAGCCCUGCCACUCCUGCUGUAAGAGGAAGACCUAGAUUAAACGUACCUGCUCCUGUUCCUGCUGCUGCUCCUUCUCCUUCGACUGAGACUUCUACCAAACCUUCUGUUGGUCCUUCUGUUGGUCCUUCGGUUGGUCCUUCUGUUGGUCCUUCGGUUGGUCCUUCUGUUGGUCCUUCGGUUGGCUCUUCGGUUGGUCCUUCUGUUGUUCCUUCGGUUGGCUCUUCGGUUGGUCCUUCUGCUGUACCAUCUGGAUCUACAAACGAACCCUCUGUUGAAACCACUUUUUCUUCUGGACCUGUUCCUAAUAAUGGAACCGUUCCCACUGCCCAGUCUUCUGUAGCCACUGGAUUCGUUCUUGCAACUGGAUCAAUGCUAUCCGCUUCUUCUGGACCUAGUUCAGCCGGUUCUUCCGAGCCUUCAUCUUCUGCUCCCUCUGCUGAGAAUAAUCCUGUUGAUGAGCCUUCUCCUCAGGUUAACACCAACCUCAAUAGGGAUUCUGGGAGCACACAUGUUUUAAUCGAGUUGUUCCCUGAGUACAUUGUAAAAGUUGGUGUUACUCGUACACCCCAAGCAAAGUUAAAUCUGACGAAAGGAACAGAGGAUGCUUUCAAUGCCUAUGGCGCCAUCAACGAUAGAAGAGACAUUUCAGCCAUGAAAACCAGACGAGAUGCUGCCAACGCUACUGGAAGUGCUCCUCUUCCUUAUUGGGAAUUUCACGAUUUGAUGGAGCAGUACCAUUCAGGAGAAACUGUGGAUAGCCGAGUUACGUUUCUUGCUGGAAGACGAGGUCGUGCCGGUGUUAAUGAUGAUGAUGAUCAAGAAGAAGAAGGUAGAAGACCUACCCAACGUCCUCGUUAUGUCAAUGCCUCGACAUGGUUCAUGGCUGGUCAUUUGGAGGCUUUGGAAGACCAAAACCGAAACGAAAUAGCACGAUACCGUGAAAUCGCCAACGAGCAUAGGGCUGUCAAUGUAGCACAUAUGGACCGUAUGUAUGCCCAUACUAUUGAUAGAGAUGUCUUUGACCGAGAUAUCUUGCGUGAGACAAUGGUUUUGAGACGUCAAAAUUCUGGAUGGCAAAGAGAUGCAAGCUUGGCCAUAAACCGAAUGGUCGAUUUGUUUGCUUCUUCUCUCCCUCGUCCCGCGCCUUCUCCAAUGCCUGCUCCUUCGCCCACUUUUACCCCUUCUCCCACGUCUGCUUCUUCUCCCCCUCCCCCUCCCCCUCCUGCCGCUGAUCCUUCAGUUGAUAACAAUUAA